UAAAAUGUGGACUGUAACUAAGUACAUUUACUAACCCACCCCCACACAAUUUUGAAAUCCAAAGUAAUGCCCUUGACCUGAAUACUUCUUCCACUUCUGUUUUAUUCAGAUUUUUUCCGAAAAAUAACAUCACUGGUUAGAUUUAAAACCAGUAUUUAGACCUCCAGUCCAGCAGGUGGCUGUAAAUCCUAUAAAUCCAUUCACUGAGCAUGCGCGCGGACACUAACCCGGAAGUGUAGCUAGUAAACAACCACACAGACGCUUUCGGAGCGAACUUGUCCGGUUUUUAUCUUCAAACCGCCGCUAGAAACUGCCGCUAAGAUGUCUAAAAUCGAGUUGCUGCGGCUGCUCAUCACCCAGCGGCUGACCGCCGCCGCGGAGGAGAUCUUCGGGGUGUUCGGGAGAACGAUAGCCGAAUACGAGGAGGAGAUCUCCCGCUCCAAGCUGGAGAUCGACCGCCAGCGCCGGCUGCUGGAGCUCCGCAGGAAGCCGCAGGUCUCUCUCUCUCUGCGGGGGGACAGCUCGGCUCUGUGCGAGCCGCCAGACUGGAGCUCCGGUCUGGACCUGAACGAGUUAAAUCCUCCGGCCAUCAAAGAGGAGGAGGAGGAGGAGGAGGAGGAGGAGGAAGGGGAAGAUCUGUGGCGGGACGAGACGACGGGGCACAACGACGUCAAGUUCCUGUUGUUCCGCAGCGGCAGCGCCACAAACGAGCAGGACACCGAGCGCCUGGCGUCCUCGCUCUCCGACCCCGGCGGCCCGGAAGAUGACUCGGCGCUGGACUCCCUGCCGGGCCCCUCGCUCUACCCAUCGGCCCCGCAGACCGGGGACUCGGACCCGGACGAGGACCCCGCUGCCGACGCUUCAGGUAACGGCGGGCUGGACGGCCUCGACCCGGACGCCGGCGCGCUGUCCGAGGUGGUGGACUCGUACAUCUGCACCGUCUGCGGCCGAGCGUUCGGCCAGCGCGGCGCCUGGGCCAAACACGUGCAGGUGCACCGCAAGGCGGACGCCAAGGCCGACAAGUCGUACACGUGCGACAUCUGCGGGAAGAGGCUCACGCGCUUCGACGGCUACCAGAAACACCUGCGGAUUCACACGGGAGAGAAACCGUACUGCUGCGACGAGUGCGGCCGCAGGUUCAGCGACAACUCCAAUUACAAACGCCACAUUCGCACGCACGCCGUACAGAGAACGCCGCAGAGCUGAGGCUCUGGGGCGCGGACUGGAACAACGCAUUAUGUAAUAAAACAUCAAGAUGUAAUAACAACCUCGUUAUGUAACAACACCCGCAUUAUGGAACAACGCAUUAUGUAUGUAAUACUUUUACACUUCAUUAUGUAAUAUCAACCGCAUUUUGUAAUAACACCUCAUUAUGUAAUAUCCGCAUAAUGUAAUAACACCCUCAUUAUGUAAUAACACCCGCAUUAUGUAAUAACACUGACAUUAUGUAAUAACACCACAUUAUGUAAUAACACCCACAUUAUGUAAUAACACCCGCAUUAUGCUGUAACACCCGCAUAAUGUAAUAACACCCUCAUAAUGUAAUAACACCCUCAUAAUGUAAUAACACCCUCAUAAUGUAAUAACACCCUCAUAAUGUAAUAACACCCGCAUUAUGUAAUAACACCCGCAUUAUGUAAUAUUAACCUCAUUUUGUAAUAACACCCGCAUAAUGUAAUAACACCCGCAUAAUGUAAUAACACCCGCAUAAUGUAAUAACACCCUCAUUAUGUAAUAACACCCUCAUUAUGUAAUAACACCCUCAUUAUGCUGUAACACCCGCAUUAUGCUGUAACACCCGCAUAAUGUAAUAACACCCGCAUAAUGUAAUAACACCCGCAUAAUGUAAUAACACCCUCAUAAUGUAAUAACACCCGCAUAAUGUAAUAACACCGCAUUAUGUAAUAACACCCGCAUUAUGUAAUAUUAACCUCAUUAUGUAAUAACACCCGCAUAAUGUAAUAACACCCUCAUUAUGUAAUAACACAUUAUGUAAUAACACCCACAUUAUGUAAUAACACUCACAUUAUGUAAUAUCACCCACAUUAUGCAAUAACACAUUAUGUAAUAACACCCACAUUAUGUAAUAACACCCACAUUAUGUAAUAUUAUGUAAUAACACAUUAUGUAAUAACACCCACAUUAUGUAAUAUUACCCUCAUUAUGUAAUAACACCCACAUUAUGUAAUAACACUCACAUUAUGCAAUAACACCCACAUUAUGUAAUAACAUCCACAUUUUGUGAUACAUUAUUACAUAAUGCGUGUAAAGUAAAGAUAAGAUGAGCGAUUAAAGUAUUUUACGAGGAAAUAGGCUAUAUUUAUAAAUUUUAUUUUUUUUCUUCAAGUGCCUUUUAAAGCCAGUAGAGUAAAAUAAAUCCAUUUGGUUGGUUAUUACAUAAUGCAUCCACAUUAUUACAUUUUCGUAACGGAAAUGCAUUUUGGUGCGGACACAAUUAUUACACAUUUCGGUUUCUAUUUUCAAUGUUCGGCAGGUUAUUACAUAAUUAAGUGGAAAUGUUUAACAUGUUGACGUUUUAUUACAUAAUCGUUACAAGGACUCACAUUUACACCAACGUGAGACCCAGCGGGACGGACCGUCCAACCUUUGUCAAGGGGACGUUUUCGAGCCAUCCGGACGAUGUGGAUUAAUGUCAAGUUCCUCCUCCCUCCACCCUGGCUUGUUCACAUGAUGUUUCUUUUGGUUUUUUCUUUUUUUAAAUCGUAAAAACAUCACAAAACUACAAAUAUUUUUUCACCACUGUCAGGGAUAUUAAAGGUUAACUGAGCAUUAUCUGUUCAACAAAAUAUAGCUAUACUCACUUUGUUUUUAAAAUCUGUAUCACCUGUUUUUAUUUAAACCCGAAAACCCCCAAAAACAUUGCAAGACUUGUGUCUGAUGCGCUAGCCGUUCCAGGCUUUGUCCUCGGCAAUGGUACACGGCCGGUCCGAGUCCUCAGAUGUCCGCAGAGCGCCGAAAGUAUGUCGACAGGGUUCAAAAUAUGAACUUUUUCGUCAACCAGCCACUCAAUAGAUUCCCAUUGGUUUGUGGGUUGGUGAGUGAAGCAAAUCUACCAGCAGCCACUGGCAUAUUUUACCAGCAUUUGGCUGGUAAAUGGUGCUAAUUUUGAACCCUGCUUGUCGGUUAUCCCUUUUACUGGUUUUACUGUUAAGUUUAAAGCAACACCAAAGCACUUUUCCCCUUCGGUCCACAUGUGUCAAACUCGAGGCCCGCGGGCCAAAUCCAGCCCCUCGCACGUUCUGAUCCGGCCCGCAUAUCAAUUUAGGU